AGAGAGAGAGAGAGAGAGAGAGCGAGAGAGAGAGAGAGAGAGAGAGAGAGAGGGAGAGGAAGGAAAAAACGGCUUUGAGCGAGAAACAAGAAGGAAGAGCAAUGGCGACACUGGAUCGCCAAAUACCGAGUCCGGAUUGCUUCCUCUGCGGGCCCUGGUCGUCCUUCGUCAGCGCGGCUAAAUUACGAAUUGUCGACAGUAAGUUUCGCACGUCGUCGGCGGCGGCGGCGUCGUGCUCGCGCACAAACUGUCGGGGAAGUGCGCGGUGGUCCCCAACUGCCUGUGAUUGAGUUGAGGGGGGGCGCGCACGCGCACGCGCAGCGUCUGUCAAAGCGCAGCCGAAGUAGUAACUGUCAAAAAAAAAAAAAAAAAAAUGUUCUGUCACUAACCCGAGUGCGAUAUUUUCUUAUUAACGGGCUGCUUCGACAGUCGCGCGCGGGCACGAGCACGAGCAGAGCGAAGCUUAAAAAAAAAAAAAGCGUCGCCGAGCUCGAGCCGUCGGCGCGUGCGGUAAUUAGACCGCGAGCCGUCCAGCUGUAAGUUGGUUAGCCCUGACAGCGCGGCUAGCAAGCUAACGCUGCGCGGACAGACCCCGACCCAGCGGGGCGCCGCGCGCGGCCCCGAAGUUUUGUUGCGAACGCUCCCGUGGUGGUUUGUAAACGCGGCUGUUUUGUUGUUGUUGUUGUUGUUGUUGUUGUUGUUGUUGUUCCUCCCUCCGUUCAUUCAGACGCAGACUCGUCCCUGGGCCACGGCGACGAAGAGCCCCGCUGCCCCGGCGAAGCUGUUCAGCUCAGCGAGCAAGAGAUGUUUGUCUACAGCCAGUGUCCAUCACUGGAGGAUUUUACUCUUGUUGUCUGCCAUCUCUGCAAUAAGGUGGUCACUCCUCAGGGCAUACUCGCACACUAUGGUAGCUGGGGUGUAGUUUCCCUGUGAGAGAGACAGAGAGACAGACAUUCCUGGAGCGCACACCCCUCCCAUCCCCUCCCCACCCUGCUCCCACAAAGACAUGCAUAGCAAAAACCAGAAGCGUCACGGCUCCCCCAUCCGCUCCAGGAGCCCCCUGGUCCCCAUGAAGCCCAAAGCACCAGCUGUGGCCCCUGCUGUGGCUCCGUGUCCCGGGGACACGCUGGCCUUCAGGGUCCCUAAAGAUUACCCUCACUCCCGCUUCAGCAAGGCACCAAUUGCUGUCUAUCCACCAAAGGGGGUGCGGAACAAGACAUGUGUAUCGCUUCCAGUCGUGAGCUUGGAGAAGAUGCCCUGCCUUAACCGAGCCGACCCUGCAUCACAUGUGCGCCUCACCACCACCUCCUCCUCGUCCUCCUCCCACUCCCCAUCCUCCCUCAAACCUCCAUCCCUCACUCCCCCGGCCUCUCAGCGCUCCGGCGAAAAGCUCACAAAUGGUCGCAGCACUGGCUCAGCCACACCUCCUUCCUCGCUGGACGGGCGUCCCAGUCCGGCGCGUUCGCCACUGGAGAGACGGCCAACAUCUACGCCUUCUCCUUCCCCACUGGACCGAAAACCCUCCCUGUCACCCUCGCUUUCCCACCGGUCAUCAUCAUCAUUAUCAUCCUCAUCCUCAUUGUCACUGUCACCAUUGGAAAAGAAGCCUCAGAAUGGGACUAAGACUUCCUCCAGGUCGCACAAAAGACUAUCAGGGAGAGUGUUUGAUCCGAACAAGCACUGUGGCGUCCAGGACCCAGAGACUAAACGACCCUGCACGCGAUCUCUCACCUGCAAGACUCACUCCUUAACGCACCGCCGAGCCGUCCCCGGCCGAAGGAACAAUUUCGAUGUCCUCUUAGCCGAGCACAAGGGACGGGCGAAGGAGGGAGCGAAGGAGAAGGAGAAAGAGAAAGACGGGGGCGGUGCACAGGGAGGAGGGAAGGAAAGCUGCAGCCAGAGUACCUCGUCACAAGAGAGUCCCAGCAAGCCUCACUGCCCCAAUGGACGACCCCUGUCCAUGCUGAAGAUUCGGCUGGCAAAUGCAUACAUACCCAGGGCUCCAGGCGGUUCCACCACCUCCAUCUCCAGUCCUUUGCCCCCCGCACCAGUCCCUGCCCCGACCCCUAACCCAGAGCUUUCCCCUCUGAGCUGGGUGACGUCAGCAGGAGACGGCUGUCGGCUUUCCAGUGACGAGGGAGAGGCUGAGACUCCGGAGGACACUGACAGACCUGCCUUUCACUACUCGAGUCACCACCCACAGCCUUUAGGGGGUUGCGUAUUCAGUAGCAGGCUCAUGGGACGGGGCCACUAUGUGUUCGACAGGCGAUGGGACAGGAUGAGGCUGGCGCUGCAGAGCAUGGUAGAGAAACACCUCAGCUCGCAGAUGUGGAGGAAGGUGCCUCUGGCUGCUGACAGCCUCCUCUCCUCCUCCGGUACCUCCUCCGUCACUUCACAGCAGACUUCCUCCCCCAACUCUGUCACCUCCCCCUCCGACUCCCCCUCCUACUCUGCCACUUUCCCUCAGUCCACGUCCACAGCUGGGGCGUUCAGCAUCCGAGAUGCCCCCAUUUCUUCACCGGGUAAAGCCCGUAACGGCACCCAUAAAACCAGCCGCGCACCCAAAGACACGGAGGACUCCGCAGCGGGAUCUAAGAAGAGAAAGAACUCUUCUUUCUUCUCCACCUCCUCCCCCCUUUCCUCUCCUUCGUCUUUGUUUUCUCCUGUGGAUUAUCACAAGAGGAACGGCAGCAGCUAUCAGCCGAUAUCGCAAGGCUCGAGGGGGGGCGCCGCCUCCCCAGCCAGGAAACAGGGACUUGGGCGCGGGGGGAGAGGAGAUGACUGGCUAUCAAGAUCUGAUAGGUCUCAAAGCCUCAGUUCACAGAGCAGCCACAGUCUUGGCACCACCAGUAUAGCCUACUCAACCAGGGAGCUCGCCUCCGCCCCUCAUCAGCCCCCGGCUCCCCCGUCUGCACCCCUGGCCUACAGGGGAAGAGUUGAAGGGAGGAAGAGGAGGAGUCCCGGCUCUUACAGAGGGAAGGCCAGCAAGCUCGGCGAGCCAGGCGGACUGGAGAGCCUCUUUGGGAAAGGGAACGACAUCGGGGGGAUAUUGACAUCAGGGGCCGAGUCCACGAGACAGCCUCCCCUCUCUCUCUCUGCAGGCCAAGUUGCAUCACUGACAGGAACCAGAUUCACGUUCACUGAGUGUCGGGCAGCUGUGCAGGCCACCGCCGUUGGUGACCUUUGACCUCACCACUCUUCCACUGACAUCCCCAAUCAGACUGCUGCUUCUUGGCGAUGUCACCCCUGUUUACCCAAUGACGGUUCGGUUCACCCGCUGUGUCAUGGGGGCUCUGGAAUCUUUGCUCACAGUCGGGGCCGGCAGAUGCUUCCACUCUCCAUUUUAUAGUUCCGGAUCGUUUUGAUGCGACUCUGCCGCGCAUCACUGCGGUCUUGGUAUUUUCAGAACAAGGCGGUGGAAUCCAAAAACUUCUCCUCUGAAAAGGGAAAUUGCCUCUGAAUUUUUUUAAGGCAUUGUUGAUAUGACCACCUCAGUACAAUCUUUGGGGAAGCAUAAAAAAAAAAAAACAAUCAGAAUUUUUACUUUAGUUUUUCUGAUCAUGUUCCUGGUCGCUGUGUUCACUCAGCAGACAUGGAAAAAGGCCUGUGAUAGUUUUUGGGAGUCAGAUAGUUAAAGGAAAUACUGACAAGUCUUUUCCUCUAAAAAAGAUGGAGGACACAACUUCAGUUUUAGUCGGGUUUGACCUUCCACCUACCCGUCUUUCUUCACCACUCUUCAUAUGAACAACUUUGUCGACAUAUCUGAAAAUCUCUUCUUUUAUCUCUCUGCCCCUCGUUCCUUAUCCAUCCCAGCAUGCCCAUGUUCAAAGUGCACUUAUGGCCCUCGCCUCCCUCACCGCUGACUCCAGAGCUGUACCCAGCAGUGCCACGUAAGGACCUGUUCACAGAAGGGAAGGAGAAAAAAAACACGUCUGUGUUACCACGACGCCGCGUCAAUGCAUUGUAAUUUCAAUAUAGGAAGAAAUCAGAUUUUAUUUGAUCUCUGUUCUGCUUUAAAUGUUGCAAGAAACACAAACUCGUGUCUGUGUGUCAGGACUUGCACCAAAAAAGGAAUUGUUGCUACGGUGUUGGAUUAUUUUUUCUUUUUUUAAAUAUUAAUUUAUGUACUUGAAUGUUUGUUUUCUAACAGACCAAUGAGGUUUGAGCUACAGAGACAUUAUGAGCAAAAAAAAAUAUUUCUAUGGCAUUUUGAAGAAAUGUUGAAAGUAUUAUGUUUCAUAUUGUUAAAAUGUAUACAUGUUAUUAUUUUUGUAUUUAUUAAUGAUUGUCCCCUUUGACUAAAAUAUGAGCUAAAAGAGGGCGUAUUGUCACCCUCUUACCUCGGUCUGUGUUUCAUGACAUCCACAAGAGUCUGGUUUCUCAAAACCUUUGGAACGUUUGGAAUUUAAGAAUAUUUCACACUCAUCCACGGACAGAUAUGAACUUUGACUGUGGCUUUAGUUUAUGUCAUUUAGGUGUGUUGCCAAGUAACAACAACCUGCGGUCAAUUCUGCAAAAUAUUUUAUUCAGGCAACGUCCAAUGGCUUAAGUCAUCAGACAUGUUGUCGAUUUUUUUUUCUAGAGCUUUCUUCCGCAUCUAUCGUCCUGUGUCCCUACUCCAUUCUAAUAUAAUACAGUAUUCAUUUCAUCCCAUACAUUACAGUAUACUGUAUUUUCUGUUAAUAAGCAAGUAAUCAAUACAUUCAACUGUUAUUAACUAACAUGAAGUGAUAAGAAAAGGAAGCUAAAUGUGUUGUUUUUUCAAAGACUUGACAUUGAGGUUUUCAAUUUUUUCUCUGGAGCUGUUUUGCCACGACCUGCAUUUUAUUUAGAUAAUUGCACCAGUGAGCACCUCCUCCAUUUUCUUAUGUGCAUUGCAUUUUAGGCCAAUACCGUCUAUCGACAGCCCGUGUAUGCUGAGUUUUGUUUUUGCUUUUUGUUUUUUUAAACGUACUCUCUUUUACACUACGUACUCGAAACCUGCUCCGUGUGGAGUUUGGGACAAAGCAGCAGUGUUCAUCAGCAGAUUGAGUCGUGGAGGUUGUUGUCAUCACAUGGCCAAAUCAUUUCAGUCACAUGAUAAGAGGUUAAUAUUAUCAUUUCACUCAGCUGUGUUGUGUUUUAAAGCUUCUUCUAGUAUUUUUGUGAUACAGACCCAUCGACAUUGUUACAGAAGACGAGGCCCAUGUCACAAAUGGUUCUGUCUGUUAUUCCAUCCAGAAGGAGGAGGUCGUUGAGGUCGGGGAUUGAUCCCCAUGUGCUAGUCAGGAUAUUUACCCUUGUUCAGUUCUUCAAGGCUGACUUAAGACGAUUAAUUUACUCAUAACCACCAAAAAAUUUAAAAUAUGUGUGGCCUCUUCAGUCCCAUUCCUGGUCGCUCCCAAAACGCAAAUUUUCACUGGCAGAAUCCAUUUAGAAUUUUCAUUCAAGACUUUGACAUCUUUAACUGUUGCUCUCACAAGAUGUCAGUGGACAGUUCUUCCAUGCCUCUCAACAGAUAUUUUGUCUUUGUGUUUUCUCGUUGAUACCACCCCAGUACGCGAUGUGCAUCUGAUAGAAGAAACCAGGCGGUCGUUUCUGUAUUUUCACAUAAAGGGCCCCACAUUCCUGUUUUCCUGUGGUUAUACCCUUGUUUCACUCUUCGUCCAGCGUUCAAAACAAUACUUUUAAAUUGCCUUUAUCCGAUCUUCAGCUCAUAGAUCGGUUUAGUGAUACCAGCUAGGUUAAAUGUUUUUGCAUUUUUUUCUGUAUUCUGAAGCCUGUUGCCACCUGCCGUGCUUACACAUGUUAAGAGUCAACAAAGACACUAGUAUGUAGAUUGAUCAUGUUGCUUUACCAGCGUAAAAAAAAAUGAGUGUGGUUGGGAAGUUUGAUUUUCCUAGCUCAGUAUCUUCUCACGAGAAUCUAGAGAUCAAAGAUGAUGGUGAUGAUCUUUGUGCUAAGAUGUUGUGGGGGAAACCCUUAGUGCUGGUAGUAACAGAAAUGAGAAGUAACAGUUUGUUGCAGCUAAAAUUAUGGAUGUUUCUUUCAGAAAAGUUUUAUAUUUUAUUUGCUGUUAUAUUCUAUGGUAUGAACAGUUCUUCUUAAACGUACACAGUUGUUUUUUUUGCACUUUGUCAUAAUUCCCAGAUCUUUAAUCAAAUUCUAUUUAUAUAAAUAUUUGAAAAAGAGAAAUUCUAUAUAUUUUUAAAAGUGUUUCUGGCAACUACAGGAAAAAGAUGUACAGUUUAUUCUUGGUGAGUUGGCCCCUAAACCAGCGCGUUUGUUAUUGAUUUUUAUUUUACUUUUUAUUUCUUUGUAUCUGAUCCAGAACCGGUGUUUGAAUGUCUGAAAGAUGCCUUGUAAUAUUUGGGGCUUUAUUCCGUCUCAGUGCAGUUGCAUCAGAAAAAGGAUUUCGCAGCAAAACAAUUUAAAAGGUCUUAUAUCCAAGCUUUUAUUAAAUGAUUGAGAGUGGAUGUCGUGUUGUUUGUUAAUCAAAGAUUCAAAGAUCAAAGAUGCCGUUUUUGAAUUUGAAGGAAACUCCCACUGCUAAAUGUUUUGUAUAUUUUACUUGCCACAACUGCAACUAUCUGUUGAAUGUGUUCUGUCUAAACCACUCAUCAUUGCUGCCUGACAUAUUUCUGUUGUGCCGGAGAAGAAGAAAAAAAAAGAGCUUUAAUGGUUGUUUGUGUGCAUAGUUUGUAACAUUUGACUGUUUUGAACAAUUUCUGUUUAAAUUUGACCAGAUGCAUCUGUGACAAGUAUAUUCAUUCUAGAAAACUGA